AUGAGCUGGAGCACGCAGCUCAGAAUGCCAAACUUUGGUCCGGCGAUCCCUCUCGAUCCUUUGACCACGCAAACACCCAAUAUGUUCAACAUCUCUGUCAUGGUGGCCGCCGGCCUCGAAGGCCUGAUCGGCGUGCUUUCUGUGUGCUUCGCUAUCGCCAGCUUCAUCUAUGUCAAAACCCACAGUGAUGAGGCGAGGAAGGGGUUAUGGUGGUUGAGUUUUGCCUACUUGUUUUUGGCCAUCGGAUGGCUGGCCAUGUACCUCGCUACCUCGGUCGAACACUGGAGGCUGUACCUUCCCGGCCCAGACAUCAUCCCUCUCCAUGUCGGGCAGUUCUUUCUGCGACUGACCAACAUUGUGCUGCUCAUGAUGCUCGUCAAGAUUGCUUAUGGACUGCUGUACUCUUGGCACCAGGCCACUCCAGGGCACCGCGUCAUGCUCCACUGCCUGCACGGUGUUUCUGUGCUGCUGGCACUGGUGGCCGCCGCGGCAUGCGGCGGGUCGACAGCAUACUACUGGGACAUGCUCGUCGAUCCUCGACUUGCCGUCUUCCACUACCUGGCCAUUGGCUGCGACGGGGCACUCUUCAUCCUGAUGACAGCCACAUUCAUCUGGUGCAUUCGCGUGUUGUUGGUGGGAAAGAAGAAGGUCAAGGCGUACAAUCGCAGAAUCCCUGACCUCCUCGUGGCCAGUGCAGCGUUUGCGUGGGCCUCAUCGCUAUGGGGCGCAGCCUUCGCCGUCAACUUCAACCUCUUCAUCAAGACCCUCGAGCUGCUCCACUUCAUCCUGCCCAACGCCGCUUUCCUGUACCUCGACUUCGUGGCAAUGCUCCUCAUCUUCGUCGCUGGCGUCAAGAAGCGCGGCGGCCUACACUCUAUCGGCGGCGGCCACCACGAUGAUGGCUCGCCGCCGCGCAAGUUCAAGCUCGGUGGAGGAACCAGCUAUCAAGGCGUGGCCCAGCACGGCGUUGAAGACCAUCAAGAGGGUUACUACAGCGAGGACCAGCCGCUCCGCCACGCCGAGCAGGACGUUGGCAUGUCCCAGGCUGUCGGAUACAACCAGGGCCACCACAAGUCGGCGCCGAUCCACCACAUCGUCCCCGCCAGGCGGAGUUCUGAGCACGCCCGCCACAGCUCCUACCACGACGAGCCGCGCCACCACAACGGCGGGCCCGUCACUGCAGCCUCGCCGACCCCUCGGAAUGGGUUCUAUGACACCCCGCUUGACGAGCCGUCCCAUCACGAGCGCGAGCGGGAGAAGAAAGACCCGUCCGUCGCUCACUGUGAGCUUGUGUAGCGUAGAUAGCACGAGGGAGUUAUUGAGCAUAAGGCUGUCGAGUUUGGGUUGUUGACCAUGGCUGGAUCAAGGUAAUGAUGACACUGUCUUGGAUGUUGCUGACUGGGUACUGGAACUAGUCCUGUUAAGUUUAUACGUUCUUUAUUGGGUUGCUUGUCAUUGAUAUUUGGUUCAUAGUAUAGUUAUUUUGUUCUCCA